GGCGCUAACAUUAUCUCGGACAAUUCAGAGGCAAAGAGCAGACCUUCACUUUCCCCGCUAUCGAAGACUUCGUUACACAGUUCAAUAUGCCAGGAAAAAGCACAGACGCUGCUACAAUGAAAGCAGUUCUCGUCUUGAUGGCUAUUUCAGUGUCCUUGCCAUCUCUCGCAUCUGCUUCACCUGUGCGAGAUGGAACCUCACCAGCAUCGACAUCGGUCCUCAUCGUUAAUGGAACCUCGGCCGAAAUCGGUUACUUGGACAACGCCUUCAUCUACUGCAGGAUACAACUCUCACAGGCACAGGACUUCCUCCACCACUACACCAUUGAAUGGCAAAAUUCCUCAGCGGAAACAGUGCCCACCUGGAGUCAGGAUGCCCACGUCUACACGAUUGGCAGAGGCAGUCAUGUGCCCCACUCCUACCUGGUGUUCCAGGACUUCACCAGCAGUUUGUCUGGGAACUACUCCUGCAGCGUCAAGAGGAACGGCGUCGCCCUUUCCUCCAGUCGCAUUGCUGUCCGCUAAUCUGCCCAAGUGGACAGUUUCUUUUAAAGUUGAAUCUCUGCUACUGUGCUGUGUUCUUAUUUAUGUUAUAUUUAACUUAUUUGUUCUUUUUCUAAUACAAAAUUAAUGAAGAUAAGAAAAAAAUGUGAUAACCAUAUUUAUUGAAUUAUAAUACCAGACUUAUUGCUACUUGAAAUGAUAAUUACUCAUAAAAUUCACGCAAUGAAUGUAUAUAGCUUUUUGAUUUAUGAUAAUUUAUCUA